AUGUCUACUCGUGGAAACCCGCGGACGCCUAGACGCGGUGGUAACAGUCAGCGCGGGAGGUCCAACUCUCCUUCUAAUUCAGCAAAUGCCGAGGCUUCACCUCCAGCAUCCUCAAGUAAUUUGUCGCCGUUGACUGCAGGUCGGAGACUAGGCUCACUCCACAAUACAGUCGAAGCGCCUGCACCUGGAAGGCUUGCAUCUCUGAGACUUCGAGAUGUUACCUUUGGGGGGGAUGGAUCACAAUUGAGCGGAAUGGGCAUGCUUUCUUCAAAUACAGGUUUUGGCGGAGAUGUUACUCUUGGUGGCUUCAAGAAAAUGACGUUUAGGCCUUCGGUUCCUCCCCGGCGGAAGAAAACCACAAUAACAGCGCCCGGAGAUGGAGAUUCUAAAGCUGAGACUGCCGAAAGUUUUUCUGUAGAUAUGCCUUCUGAAGCUAUAGUUGUAAAAGAUGAAUCAAGUGCAACAGAGGCUCAUGUGUCAAACACGGGAACCACAGCACAAACAGCGUCAAGCCGGCCGAACCAGCGAUCUCGAUUACGAAAUCAAGUGCUCACAGCCUCUGGGCCAUUUGCUUACGGACCGUCGGCUAUGUCUUCGCAUGCCAUUGAAGUUGAUGGCGAGAGCGUGACGCGUACUGGAAGCCGACUCUUCUCGGAUAAUCGGCUGAAAUCGGAUGUGGUUAUUGCGGAAAAUUUAGCAUUUUCUUUUUGCGAAGACCCCUGGGCCCCUGUUACUCUAUUUGAAGCACCGGAUCAGGCAGAGACUCUUAAUUCAUUAGAGAAUAACGACACGUCUGCAUCUCUUGCGGAACAACAAAUGGAAAGAGUUGAACCAUUUACAUUUAAUGAGGAAGAUAAUCAUUUGUUUUUGUUUCAAUUACCUCCGAUACUACCCGAAUUUGAAUCAGAUGACAAAGCGGAUAACCAACAAAAAGAUUCAAAAGGAACUCGGCAUUUAGAAGGAAUGGUUGGGAAGUUGGUUGUCUAUAAGUCUGUAGAAACAAAAUUAAAGUUAGGAAACAUUGAAUUAGAUGUUUAUUCUGGAACAGAGUGUUCAUUCCUACAAAACAUUAUGGUACUUGAUCCAACAAAGAAGGGUGCAUAUUGCCUAGGUCAGGUAUCUAAGCAGUUUGUCUGUGUACCAGAUAUUGAAACAUUGUUAGACCAUUCUGAUGAAGAUAAUGGGAGAAGUAGUGACGAUGUUUAG